AUUACUACUAUUUAUUAUUAUCGAUGUUCAAAGCAGCCAAUACAAGCAGUGUCGUGAAAUUUUAAACAUUUGAACGCGGCAGCAUCUCUAUUUGGAAUUUUUUGUAUAAAUUAAACAAAUAACAAUGGAUUUAAAAAAACGAAGAAGUUCUCUACGAAAAUACAUUCCGAAAGAUGAUGAAAACGGAGCCUCAGCUGUGACACCACGCCUGAAGAGAAGAAUCAGUUUCAGUGGAAAACGUUUAGUCAGGGAGUUUCAUGUGGAAAAGGAACCUAAAACUUGGGACAAUUCGUACGAAGUAUCGGACCAUAUAAAUGUAGAGGAAAUGGAUGGAAAAGUACCAGAAUUUGAAAAUGCCGCCAACCCAAAUAUACAAAACCCACAAAAAUCGACAUUUUCAAGGCCAGAAGAAUUGUUUGGCGAAAAUUGCGACGAAUCAACGCAAAAUGUAAACGACAAUACACUAAAGUAUUUAAUCAAUAAGCCCUUGUCGAACAAUACUUUGUGCAUUGAAAACAGCGUUGAUAUUACUCUAUUUGAGAACGAAAGACAAUAUUUUUCAAAACCGAAAAAGAAUGUGUCACAUUGCAAUUUAUCAAACUCAAAUCAAAGUAAUAUUAACAGCUUUUCUCUAUAUGAGAAUGAGUUUUUUGAAUUGCCAAAUUUGCGAUGCAAAGUGUAUGGUGAGCGUACAAUCGACUUCAUGGACGAUCUUAAAGAUUUACGUGUUGGAAAAGAAGCGAAUUCAACCGAAAAAAAAAUUGAUCUUCCUCAAGAAGAAGAUAUUUUGGAACCACGAUCUGAUGUAAAUCAACCAGAAAUGACUACAAAUUGUUCUUUAUCAGAUUCUAACUUGAAUUCUAAAAAAGAAAUUUUCCCAGUGAAAGUAGGUCUUAAUAAUAGCUGCAAAACUGUGGACGAGAUGGAUAUUACAAUUCAGAAAGACAUGAAUGAACAAUCGUCAAAUAUUUUCUGGGAUACUAAAAAAGGGAAUAUGUUUCCAGUGAAAGUCACUCUACCUGACUGUUGCACAACUUUGGGCGAGAUGGAUAUUACAACUCAAAAUGACUUGAAUUUCGAUAAAGAGAACAUGAAUCCAGCAAAUACUACAGAUGUUGACACUGCUAAAUCCAGGGAGCAUUUGAAUGCACGGAAAUUGUACCAAUUAAAACCCACCACUAGCGAUACUUCCUACAUGGACAUUGACAAUCAGCUUACGACAAAAACCAAUACUCGUAUAGCAAAAUCAUCGGAGGAUUUUAGUAGAAUGAUCGAUAGCAUGUCCCUUUCACAAGAAUCUAAUGAAAAUUGUGCAGAUUCACAAAGAGAUAUCGAUGAAGAUGGGCUUACAAGUUGUCCCAACAAAGAAAUCCACGUAUCCCAACGCAAUAAAGGUAGUGGAUCAACGGAUAUGGACGAAGAUAUAUCACCAAUAAAAACACCCAUCACUAGACAUAUGACUAGCACAAAAAAAUUGCUCGACAAUUGUGGGCCUCCAAAACUGGUGGUGAGAAAAAUAUGUACGCCACUUAUGAGCCAUUCUAAAAAUAUAGUUGGGCUUGAGGCACGAUUAUUAGAACGUUAUCAUAAUAAGCAAGGCAAAGAACCCACGCCUGAUAAAUGUACCGAUCAUGUCUCAACCACAAUUGAUGCUGCUGUAAAACCUAAGGGACUAGAUAAUUCUCUUAAUUUUUCUAUAAGCAAUACUAAAAAUAUGUCGUUGUCUUCGGAGUCUUCAUCAUCUCUAUUGAUUCCAUCUGAAUAUAAAACAUACAACUUAAAACAACUUAAUGAUGAUAUUGAAGGAGGAAAAAUACAAUUGUUUUCUAAAACUCCUACAACAGAUGGAAAAACAAAAUAUAGCAAUUUAGAAAACAGAAAAUUUAACAAGAACAGGAAAACCCUUUUUUUUGAUGAUAACAUAGAUAUGGAUGCAACUACUUCCGAAGAAAAAAUUGAUAUUUUUGAAUCCAAUGCUUGUCGAUUCACCGUAAAUCAAAAUAUUAGCGCCAAUCCGCGAAUUUCUCUCUACGAGGAUAAAUUUUUAGACAAUACCAGUUUUUUAACGAAUGCUAAAUUAGACGAUACUGCUUCGCGUAACAACACCAAAAGAGAAUUGUAUAAUAUGCACGACAUAGAUAUGUUUGAGGAAACUCAAAGGGAGGCAGCAAAGCAACUUGAGAAAACAUCAUAUGACCAAAACAAUGCGGAAAUAGAAAGUUUUUUCCCAUAUCACAAGCUGGCUGAGAUACAUGAUAAUGUAAAUAUUACAGAAUUUUGUACGGAAGAUACAAAUCAAAAUCAUGAACCUCUUCACACAAUUGUUUGUAACAAUGACAUAUUGGACAACAGGGAAACAGAAAAAAUAUAUAAUGAUGUAGAAAGUGAUGCAAAAAAAAUUGUAAAAAUACGAGUUGAUGAAGAGAAUUUUCAGCCGCAGAAAGCGCAAUACGACAGUAAAAGCAUAACUAAACCAUCUAACGAAAGAAAAACAAUAUUCGGAAGUUUCGACAUGGAUAUUGAAUAUACUGACUCGGCAGUAUUCCAGAAGAUAACUGAAAAUGAGAUAUCUUGUUACUACGGUGUCGGCCAGAAAACACACAAUGCUAUAUACAUUAGUCAACUUGAUCCAUCGGACAAAUUACGCCCUAAAAUCGAUAUGGAAAACCAAAAGUUGUCUAGACAAACAAUAUACUGCGUAAAUGAUAUGGAACUUGAGAAUUAUGAAGGCGACACAAAUUUAGAAACAAAAAGAAGUUAUGGUGGCGUACAAAAUGAUAACCUGUUUCUAGAACCAGAUGACAUGGUUCUUGAAAAGUCCAUUAAUCGUUCUCACGUAAUAGAAGAACCUGGAACGAAGAAAACUCUUGAACGAGAAUUUGAAACAAGUACAACAACUUGUUUGAACGACGACACUAAAGGUCCACUCGAGAUAUGUGAACAAAACACUUGUAGUAACCUAAUUGACAAAGCAACGUCAUCAGAAAAUUAUAGCCGAAAUCAAAAGAAAACAAGAAGAACUCGGAUUUUAAACGAAAGUAUUGAUUUUGAGCCGUCCGAGAACGGCAGAUUAGUUGCAAAUAAAACAUUAGCAGAACGUUACACCAAAAAUAUAACUGAUACACGUAUCUUAGAUGAAAGCAUCAAUGUCAUCUUUCAUGAGAAAGAUGCAAAUGAAAAUGCUAAUUCUCGUACUAAAGGAGAUAAUAUGGUACAUAAUGACACUAUGAAUGAAAUGAGCGCCAAUAAUGAAUUAGAUGUCUCAGAUAAUGUAGAAAAGUCUUUGGAUAAAAAAUCAAUUUGCUGCAGACCUGCUCAUCUAAAGAUUAUUCCCAAAAACGAUUAUGUUAAUGAAUCUAUUAUGGAAUAUCAUGGCAUGGAUUUAGAUAAUUCGAUAAAUAUACUUGUGGGAAACAUAAGUCCCAAUGAUGGGGAACCAAAGGAAAACACAUAUACACAUAAUAUUUGUAAUCUCGAUAAGGAUUUUUCAGAAUUAAGGAGAGAGGAGGAAGGUCCACAUAAUGCUACAAACAUAUCAGAGAAGGAAUUGCAUCCUAAGAAGAUAUAUACUUGUAAUGAGGAAUGUGAAGACAAUGGAGAACUCUUAAUUAAUGAGGUGGAAGACAUUACCAGUCCUGAAGCUGUAAUAAAAGAAUCAGCGUGCGGAAAAAGAGUUCUCGUGAAGUGUUACGUUACACCCAAAGUUUUACCACUCAAACUGAGGAAAAUCCCUCCUGAACCUCAAAGCGACGAUGUUGUGCCGAUGACACCACCGCAUCAUUCGAUAACUGAAUUUUUGGCAUACGAACAGACUGCAAAUAGUUCAAUUCAUAAUGAAUGUACACACAAAAGAUUACCCAUACAUUUAACACCUUUAUCAUCCAAUGCGAAAAAAAGGCAAACUGUUUUAUUUACGGAGGGUGAAAACGAUUCGGAGCAAAGAAAUUAUUAUGCAAAAUUCAAUGAAUCAAUAAAUGACAGUCAUAAAGAUUUAAAUAUACAUCAUAUAAAAGAAUCUUCACCACCACUUUAUGGGGACGAUAGUGUCGAAAUGUUAACAAGCGAUAUAAUGAAAUCGGGAGAUAUGAAAGAUGAUGUUGAAAAUACUUCAGAAAGUAUUCAAGAAAUACGGAAAGCGGCAUUUAAUCGUAGAACUAAAUCUAAUAUGAAGUUUCUAGAGCCCAUCCAUUCUGGAGAAACUUAUAAAUGUACAGAAUCAUUUAUAUUUGAUGGCAAAUCAAUUUCUAUACACGAUAUAUCCGAAUGUUUUUCCAGUAAUAAAAAAAGUGUGGGUGAAAGUCUUGAUGUGCACAAAGAAAUAUGCCUGGAAACGAUGAAAGGUAUUAAUUUCCAGAACUGUUAUAUUAAUUUAACAUGCGAUAAUACUUUAGCAAAUAUUGACCAGACUACAUUUAGUUUGGUUAAGACUAUUUCCGAUGACGACGAUGAUGAUAAUGAAUUUGAAGAGAAAACAAUUGAAAGGUCAAAGGAUUACAAAUCUAAUUCGUUUACUAAAGUAAAUGUAACAAACACAUGUCGGAAGUGCAAAAAUUGUCAACAAUCUAUUCAAAGCGAAAGUGUUGACAUUGUUGACGACACCUUUCACUUACCCAAAAUGCAACCUAUUCCAACUUUGGAUCUAAACAGGCUUAAGCGUCUGCGCUGUCGUCCACAUAUUUUAGAUGUGAAUAGUUUAUGGCAGCGAGUAAGUUUGGACCGCACUGUCGUAAAUACAAAUGAUUUGUCGACGAGCGAUAGCCAAAUUGAAUGUUCUAUUAUUAUAGAACCAAUAAAAAGAUAUGUGAUGUCUAAUAAGAUAAAGAAGAAACAUUUGAAUGUCCCUUAUGUGGAUGCUGUUGUGGAAAGGAAAUCUGCUGCCUCACGCAUCUGUGAAUUGUCAAGACAAAAAUUUUCGAGGUGGAUAAUUGACCGUCAAUUGGAAGAAAAAUGUAUAUUAAUGUUUGCACAUAGAAAACUCGUAACGUUGGCCAUAAUGUUUACUUAUGAAGAGUUGGAUCCAUUUGGGAUGGAGAUACAAUUAAAAACAGUAGAAGUAACAAAAAAUAUGGUACCGAGGGAAACAUGGAAACCCAUAGAUUUCGUGUUGGAAUUUCACUUAAAAUUAUGUUUGCCAUUUAAUCUACUUACAUUUUGCGGAAAAGGAAAUGAAAAUGGAAUAAUGGAAAUUAUGCAAAAGAUCGAUACCAUUUGUAAUCAAAUUAUCAAUUUGGGUGUUCGUUUACAGCAAAUAGUAUAUACUCAUGGAGCGUCGAUAAUAAGGGACCAACAUCGAACAUAUGUGUACAAGGUUGUUCGUAGAAUAGUCUCUCGUUCACACCAAUAUCCUCUUGUGGAAAAAAUAGAAUUCAAAAUUGAAUUGCUAAACCUAAAAAAACUAAGUUAUAAAGAUAUUACGAUGCCAUCCCUGCAUAAGUUUUCCGAGAGUAUACACUCGCUUCCAAACGGUGUAGAAUUUUUAAAUAUUUUUUUAAAUAAUCCAUUAAUGUAUUUGAAUAUGAAUGAAUAAAUCGCCUUUAUAUAACAGA